GUCACGUGACCGUCCUUCGACAGGAGUUUCCACGACAGCUGAGUAGCAGCUAAAUGCGUCUUUUCACCUGUAACAUAGACCCUUUUUAACACCAGUGACUCCAAGUUUCGUAGCAUGGCAGACAAGAAGAGCCCUACAAGGCCAAAGCGGCAGCCGAAGCCCUCCGCCGACGAUGGGUACUGGGACUGUAGCGUGUGCACGUUCAAGAACACCGCGGAGGCGUUCAAGUGCAUGAUGUGUGAUGUCAGGAAGGGGACGUCCACUCGAAAACCACGACCCGUUUCUCAGCUGGUCGCACAACAAGCAAAUCAGCAGUUUGCACCCCCUACACUCCCUAAAAAGGAGAAAAAAGAAAAAUCAGAGAAGGACAAGAGUGAUAAAGAGCCGACACUGAAAAAGAAAAGCCAUAAAAAGACGAGGCCCAGGUUAAAAAACAUAGACAGGAGCAGCGCCCAGCACCUAGAGGUCACAGUUGGAGACCUGACUGUAAUAAUCACAGACUUUAAGGAGAAAGCCAAACCCACGUCCACUUCAACAAGUGCUGCCUCAGCAGAUCAACACAGUCAAAGCGGCUCAAGCUCUGAUAACACUGAACGAGGGCUCUCCAGAUGCUCUUCGCCCCACAGGGAAGGCUCGCCGGUCAACGGAGAGACUCACUAACCUUCACAAUCCCAGUCAGCACAACCCAUUCUUCUGCACUCUCAGCAACCUCAACCAGAGAUUAAACUUCAACAUGCACGUUUUUUUUUUUUUUUUUUAAAUAAUACUAUAAAUGCCAAUAUGAUAGCAUUCACUUCCUUUGGGGCUGUACUUUUCACUGCCUUCUUAUGAUGAUAUACAAUUCAGGAGUCAGGACGUACGCUCAAAGAACUGAUGCAGUGAAAUCUGUCAUGAUCAGCUGAAAAAAGGAACCGUAGCAUUACAUCCUGGAUGUCAGUGGAACUGUGCAUUGUGUUGUGGUGACGUGUGUUGUAACACCUCAGUGUUAUGUCACAUCACACUGGGCUGGUCACUGCUGCACUGAAUAAAUGACACAUUAUGAAAGAAAAUAUGAAGACGUCAUCUCAGAAUUGUAGUUUAUCCUUGAAUUUUGUUAUCGUUGUUUGCACUUAAUGGCAUCCUGCGUUCAUAAUAACAUGUUGUUAGCAUUAUUUCCACUUUGUCGUUAUCAGUAAAUCAUAACAAUGUUGGUUACUGGCUUUCAUUUUAUGCCAUUGGAUGCAAUUUUUUUUUUUACUGUCUAACGUGAGUAAAAAUAUUGAAUAAUUAUUCUAAGUAUGCUUCUCCUUCACUUGGUAGAGUUAAGCAUGAUUUAAUCUAUAGAAUGGUUUAUAUUGUAAAAUAAUGCUAAAUAAAAUAAGUUGUAGAUA